AUGCGAGCUCUUACUCUCCUCACACUGGCCGCUCUCGGCAGGGCAGCUACGGUCCCCAGAAGCGUCGCCGACGGCAUCUACGGAGUGUCCUUGGACGCCCGCGGCCAAGAGGUGCACACCCGCCUCCCAGACCGCGGCAACCUGACGUCGCCACAGGACCUCUCCACCUACGACAGGCGAGAGGAGAAGCACAACUUAGGCAGGACCGUGGACGACCUCAACACAUACUGCACGUGCAACGUAGACCUCAAAGUCAGGGACACCGACGACGCGGUCAUAGAUCUCCGAUUCCAGCUGGGGCCGGGGGGCAAGAAGUUCGACUUCAUGUCCGUCUACUCGAAGAGGGGCAAUGUGGUCGCCUUCGCGUGCAAGGACCCCAAGUUCCAGUGGGCGCAGGCGACGGGCAACGACUUGGGGCUCGUGAUGCAUGCGAUUGGCGCCAGGUGCGGCCGGUACGUGGAGUCGUCGGCGAACUUCAAGGUCAAGGAGGAUGGGACGAAGAGCGCGAUCACCUUUGGCAUCAUGCGCCUGGACUCACCGGACCUGGACUUUUGCGCCAAGGCCACGGCGUCGCCGAAAUCGACGUGCGUGCACUGA